UUUUAAAAUGGCGACGUUCAGAAUUUGACACAAAAAUACUGCGUGGUAGCCGAAUAACUUUUACCCUUCUUGUCCCUUUUUGUUGCCCAAGAACCCUUAAAAAUGGCCAGCAAGUAUAAAUGUGAACAUUAUAUAAGACGCUGCGCCUUACUGACACCCUGCUGCGAUAAUAAAGUGUAUCCUUGUAGAGUCUGUCAUGAUGAGGAGAAUGAGGAUCACAAACUCGACAGGCAAUCUGUCAAGACUAUCAAGUGCUUGCAGUGUGGGAAAGAACAAGAAGUUUCAAAUAGCUGUGUAGACUGUGGCAUACACUUUGGUCUAUACACUUGCCUGAAGUGUAGACUAUUUGAUGACAAUAAAAAAGGCCAGUUUCAUUGUGACGAAUGUGGUAUUUGCAGAGUUGGUGGGAGAGAAAACUUCUAUCACUGUCCAAAAUGUGACAUCUGUCUGCCAGUGACCAUGAAAGAUAGCAACCACAAGUGCAUAGAAAAAGGUGCAAGAAAUGAUUGUCCAAUAUGUAUGGAGGAUAUCCACACUUCUAGAAUACGUUGUCAAGUUGCCCCAUGUGGGCAUCUCAUACAUACGACUUGUAUGUCUGAUCUCCUUAACUCAGGGAGCUAUACAUGCCCAUUAUGCAACAGAUCUAUUGUGGACAUGAAGCAAAUGUGGAGUCAACUGGAUAAUGAAAUCMGUAAGACACCCAUGCCUGAGGAGUACAAGAAUGUCAUGGUUGAGAUCAAGUGCAGAGACUGUCAAAAGGAUAGCAAAGUUAAAUUUCACGUGCUUGGACACAAAUGCCAACACUGUGACUCGUACAACACAAGCCGUGAGAAAAUAGAAGGACUGCUGGAAAAUUUACCACCAGUUCAGGUUCAAGUUGAAGUUGAUGCUGAUGCUGAUGAUGAUGCGGCUGGUGAUGAUGAUGCAGCUGGUGAUGAUGAUGCGGCUGGUGAUGAUGAUGCGGCUGGUGAUGAUGAUGAAUGGACAACAGAAGAAGAGGAAGAGGUACACGAAACUAGUUCAGGAGAGCAAGAACCUGGAACAAACUCAGCACAGGAAAAUUUGCCUCUAGAUUAAGGACAUCUGAUUAGAUUAGGUAUGUGAAUUUAGUACUUUUGCUAGCAAGGUCUGCUGAGAAAGAAUUUGGGCCAAAGUGUAAAAUUUGUUUUUGGUCAGCAAAAAAAAGUGUUUUAAAUGGAUACAAUAGAACUAAAUCCUAUCUUUAAUCCCUAACAUCCAAUGAUGGAUACAAAURGCUUUAGGUGAUUUGCAUUAUUUUAUAGCUUGUAUUUAUGGCCCAGAUAACAGUGAUGCGAUGCAGUGACGCCAUAGUGAAAUAGAGCAAUGGGCCUUUCUCAAAAUUAUUAUCUUGGAUGGGAGGCUCACUUGAAAYACAAAWKAAAUYAGACUUUUUUCUUGAUGGARUUKGUGGCAUUUCUUUUGUAUUUUCAUGUWAKCCUUGCAUUCAAUACMGUUAUAAGAAGGGUCCAUUAUACUAGGAUAAGUCGUUUUACCAGCCAAUCCAAUUAUGGUUAGCACAUGAAUGAAAGAAUUAUGUCACACAAAGUCUUGUUAUAAGUCUUGUUAUACUGUAUGUUUCAGUUCAAGUUAUUUUUCUAUAGUCACAUGAUGUUUAACACUCCACUGCUUUCUGUUGUCUUCUGGUAAGAUAUGGUGAGCCACCUUAAARAAAAGACAGAUUUUUAAAACCAUUUUCAAUGUAUUAAACUUGUAUAACUGGAUAAGCAAAUCAAAAUUUUUCUUUAGAUUAAUUAUUCAAAUUAGAAGUGUCUUUAUAGACUGUUUUCUCAAGGUUGCKUGUGCAUCCAAACUUAAGGAACUUGGAGGGCYGYGAUACCAGAACACAAGUAUUAUCAUGCAUUGCUAUGAAAUUUUUUUUKAUAAGAAUUCAUAAAAUUGAUUAUUCUCCUCUUUGAAUAUGACUUCUCAAUUUUACUGGGUUUUGUGGCCCGUCAAUGAUGCRCACACAUCCUUGAGAAAGUGCUCUAUUACUGUUUUUUAUAGCCAGCAUUUUGAUUGAACUUAGCUAGAACUUUUUAUGAGUUCUAUGAUUGUUUUAUUAACUAAUAUGGUUAUAUUGUUUUGUAACAUAUACUCUAAGGAAUGACCACAAACCAGCAAUAAUGUUUUACAAGUUCGUUAGCCAUACUGGACAGCGCAACAACAGAAUAUCUUUUGCCUACGAAUUUUAAGUCUUUUUGUACAUAAUUUGUUGCUUCUGCUAUCGAAUUGUAAUUGUAAACCAAUUCAAAUGGAAAACAAUAACAAAAGAACACAAAAUAUAGAAAAAGAAUUGCAUUUUUUCCUUUCUUUUUCUUUUAUCCAAUCACRGCUUUGCGUAACUAGAAGUUGUCACUCCAUCCAAUAUGACUCCUUGUUUGAUUGUGCAAAUCCUCUAAGCUCAAUUCAAAGGGUGCAACCUCAUGACUCAAAACCCCAUGAGAUACAAAUAACGAUAGAACAGCUGUUAUGUUGGUUGAUCUAACGAGAAGCUAAUGAGAAAUGCUUUAUUAUUGUCAUCUAACACCCCUAGCUAGUUUAAAUCACUAAAUAUGCCAUUAAAUAUUACAUUGUUUUUA